GCUGUCUCGCUAGUGCAAAUGCCUGCCUGCCAGAGGUUCGCCUUUGCAAUAUGCAUUCUAGAAAUAAGUCUCCUGAGAGCAGGGCCCACUCCCAGGAUCAACAUCUUAGGCAUGGAUCCGCUCAGCACCCCUUUUGACAACCAGUACUACAAUGGACUCUGUGACCGAGUUUGGGAUGGCAACACCUUGACGUACUACCGCAGGCCCUGGAACGUGGCUUCGCUGACCUAUGACACCAAAGCUGACAAGAAUUUCAGAACUGAAAAUCAUGAAGAAAGCAUUCAGAUACUCAGAACUAUUAUCGAAGAGAAGAAAUUAAAUUUUAAUGCAGGUUUAACUGUAAAAUAUACACCUGUUGAAGCAAUUGAAAAGAAUAAAUGUAUAGAUUUAGAACAUUCUGACAAAGGAAGCGUCUCAAGUCCUUCCAAGUUGGCUGCUGAGGCUACGUUUCGAUUUGCAUAUUCCAAAGAUGAUAUUUACAGACUGUUGACAUCAUAUUCUGCUAAGCAGGAAAAAGUAUUUCUGCAUGUAAAAGGAAAAGUUCACCUGGGAAGAUUUGUGAUGAGAAGUCGGGAUGUCAUGCUGCAAACAACUUUCUUGGAUUCUAUAAAUACUCUGCCGACUACUUAUGAAAAGGGGGAAUAUUUUGCAUUUUUGGAAACCUAUGGAACCCACUACAGUAGCUCUGGGUCUCUUGGAGGACUCUAUGAACUAAUAUAUGUUUUGGAUAAAAAGUCCAUGGAGCAGAAAGGUAUCGAACUGAGGGACGUACAGAGAUGCCUCGGGUUUGAUCUGGAUUUGUCUCUGAAGGUUGGAGUUGAAGUUACAGGAAAUUUUGAUUCAAAACUUUGCUCAAAGAAGGGUAUGGGUCAAACGGAAACGAACCCAGAGGCUGACCUCUUCGAUGAUGUUAUUACAUUCAUAAGAGGAGGAACCAGAAAAUACGCAACUGAACUGAAAGAGAAACUUCUCAAAGGAGUCAGAAUGAUCAAUGUGACUGACUUUGUAAAUUGGGCCGCUUCCUUAAAUCAUGCUCCGGUGCUCAUAAGCCAAAAACUGGCUCCGAUAUAUGAUCUGAUUCCAGUGAAAAUGAAAGAUGCACACCUCAAGAAACAAAAUUUGGAAAGAGCCAUUGAAGACUACAUCAAUGAAUUCAGUGUAAGAAAAUGCCAUCCGUGCCAAAAUGGAGGGACUGUGGUUCUGCUGGACGGAGAAUGUGUGUGUUCCUGCCCAAAAGAGUUCAAGGGAGUUGCCUGUGAAAUAAAAAAAAUAGAAAAUGUAUAAAGGAUUGCAGUUGAAAAAAAAAACACAGAGUUGUUGGUUUCCCUGGGAUCAUAUGGAAAGAAAAACACCAGCACCUUCCAGAGAUAGUUCUUGCUGCCAAAUGAAAAGCAACAUGCUUCAUGAAAAUCCUACCAACCUCUGAAGUCUCUCUCUUAAAUCCACAAUGCUUCUUUUUCUCCUUCAAUUCCCAUGAUGUUUCCAUUUGUUAUUCCCUAAUGAGGAGAGUCAGCAGUGAGGUACGCCAGGACUUCUUUCCCACACAGCUAAUGCCAAUCUCUGGCUAGCAAAACAAAAUUGAAUUAAAAAGAGAAUGUUGGUUAAAAAGA